AUGGACGUCCAUCUGCUCGUCUACGACCUCUCCCGUGGGCUCGCCCGCCAAAUGUCCAUGCCCCUGGUUGGGUUCCAGCUCGAUGCCGUCUACCACACCUCCGUCGAGCUGAACGGCCGCGAAUACGUCUACGACGGCGGCAUCAUUGCCAUCACCCCGGGCUCCUCCCACCUCGGCCAGCCCAUGCAAAGGAUGCAUCUCGGGACCACGCACCUGCCCUUAAUUGUCAUUGAAGAGUUUCUCGACUCGCUACGGCCCAUAUUCACCCUCGAGGCCUACGAUCUUUUCCGCCACAACUGCAACAAUUUUACCGACUCCUUUUCCAACUUUCUCGUAGGAAAAGGAAUUCCCGCUUACAUCACCAACAUGCCUCAGGCCGUCUUGGAGUCUCCCAUGGGCAGGACGCUGUUUACCCAGCUCUCGCAAGGCGUCAAUGCAGGCAGGUCCAACGGAUCCAUACUCGGCCUCGAGCAGAGCGCAAGGCCACCUGCUCCGAACCCUCCAAGCCAGGUACACAAUCGCAAAGUACAGAUUGUGGCCAGACAGGAGGACCUGUUCCGGUUACUGGACGAAGCUAAAAGAUCCUGCGCCGUGAUUUUCUUCACCUCGGCCACGUGUCCGCCGUGCAAGGCUCUAUACCCCAUCUACGACCAACUGGCCGACGAGUUCGGCACUCAGGCGUCGUUCAUCAAGAUCGACGUGGCUCUGCCCCAGGCCGCCCCCAUCGCCCAAGCCUAUUCUAUCAGUGCAACGCCCACUUUUGUCACCUUUCUCAAGGGGGAGCAGGAGAACCGUUGGUCCGGGGCCGAUCCAGCCGGCCUCAGGGGCAAUGUCCAGCUCCUCGUGCAAAUGGCGCACCCGGCUCAUCCGCACGAGAAGCUGCGCUUACCAAGCUUUUCCAAUCCUGACGCCCGACCUGUCCUGUUCCCCAAAAUGCCCCCCGUGGCCAAGCUGACGGCCAAGAUGGGGGAUGAAUUGCCCAAAAACCCCGAGGUGCAGAGUCUGAUACGCUUCAUCGAGACCAGAGGAAGCGCGGGGGCGCAGAAUGCACUCAUCCCAGACAUGAGCCAGCUGUCUCGCUUGAUGCGCGAAUCCGUCGACAAGGUGGCGCCUGGCAUGCUCUUCACCGUUGUUGAUCUCUUCAGGUGUGCGCUCGUGGACCCUCGCAUCAGCGGCUUCUAUGCCGAGGAAAAGGGGCACGAGACAGUUCGCCGCAUUCUCGAGUUUGUCAACGAGCAAGACGACUGCCCGUAUGCCCUCCGGCUCGUCACGCUGCAAAUGGGAUGCAACCUGUUUUCUACGCCCCUAUUCCCAGAAGAGAUAGUUGGCAACGAGGCCCUCCGGACGCCCAUCACCCAGCUGAUAUCGUCAAGCUUCCUCGACGACAGCCACAACAAUGUCAGAGUGGCGGCAUCCUCUCUCCUGUUCAACCUGGCGCUGGCCAACCGUCACACGAGGAGCCAAGAGCCCAAGGCCACUCUGCCGGAAGGCGAUCAGGUGGAGCUGGCAGCGUCUGUGAUCGAGGCCAUCAGCCAGGAAGACAAGUCGGCAGAGGCGCUGCAGGGCAUGCUAUCGGCCCUGGGUCACUUGGUCUACGGCUCGGAUCUAAGCGGCGAGCUGGCUGACCUGCUGCGGGCCAUGGAUGCGCAGGGGACGGUGGCGGCGAAGCGACGGGUCUUUCCAGCCGAAAAACUCGUGCUCGAGGUCGCCGACGAGCUGCUGGGCAAGGGGCUUGCGAGGCCAUAG